AUGCAAUACCCAUACAGUUCUCAAUCAGGUUAUCCUUAUAAUUAUCCUCAACCAAAUACUUAUCCAUAUCCUCAACAACAAAACACAACCCAACCAAAUCCUUAUAGAAAUCAACAAAUGACUUCUUCAACACUUAAUCCACCAGGAACUUAUUUAACAUCACCUUAUGCAAAUACUUAUUCCUCUGCUCAACAACGACAAAACCAACCAACAUACCAACCACCAACUAUGCCAAAUAUAUCACAACAACCUUCAUUUGGAGUCAAGUCAACAUCCUCUUAUCCAACACAACAAUCAACAUCCUCUUAUCCAACACAACAAUCAACAUAUACAGCUCCACAAAACCCUAACUACCCACCACAGCAAACAUACCAAGGUACUUAUUCAACAACUCAACAAUAUCCUUCAUCUCAGAAAGAACAAAUUCUUAAUCAAAUAGAAGUAAAUAUCUUUGACCUUCAUCCACCUGCAGUUCCUGCUUGGGAGUUAUCAGAACAACGACUUCCUCAACCUCCAUCAUUUGAACUUCAGAAGAAGUGGUAUUUCCCAAUCAUUCAAUCCAUUAAACCACAACAAUUUUCACAAAUUAUUGCAUGGUUUAACCAAGUUGAUAAAGAUCAUAGCGGUACAUUAGAGAUUGAUGAAAUUAGUACAGGAAGUUAUCCUGGAUGUAUUCGUUUAUCUCCACAAACAGCACUUAGAUUUAUGAGGAUUUUUGACACCUCUAGAACUGGUCAUUUAAAUAUUUAUGAAUUUAUUGCUAUCUAUCGUUAUCUAGAAAUUUGUUAUGCUUUAUUCAAUGCAUACAAUGGAAGUGGACCAGAAAUUAUUAAGUCACGACUUACUGGUCUUGGUUUUGUUGGAACCACCCAAUGCACUGUUGACAUAUUGUCUAAAAUUUUUUCAUAUAACAAUGUUAUGGACUUAAACAAUUGGGUCGCUUGUGGUGCCUUUGUUCUUCAAUCAAGAGCUAUCUACCAAGACCUUCUUGACCAAGGAUUAAUGCAAAAAACAGAAAACCCUCAAGACGCAACAAAAAUUUUAGAUUCAAUUACUCUUCUCAUCGACAAAUAA